AUGAAUGACACUAUCUUCAUUUUUUUUUUUUUCUUGUACUGGCGGAAUGUCCUCUUUCGGAUCUGCUGAUUCCAUCAGCGAACAUCUGACACAUUCAUCUCGGUUGUGUAAUGACGAUAAACGAGAUAAAAUGACUCAUAGUUACGUGUUGGAAACGUAAUAAGGGCGCGCGCACGAUACUGAGAUUUCAAGAAAGUAUUUAGGUUGUGCGCCACAAAAUGACUAUUCAGCAAAGUACUAAGGCACUUUGGCCUUUCGUCAAAUCAGUAAAUAGUAGGGAGCUGAGACUACUUGAAUGUUGUCAAUGUGAGAAGCAAUACCAUCUGAGUUGAUAAUGUAAAAUUAUUAGAAUCGACACAGUUUACUACUUCAUAAUUGGUACAUAGUCAACGUUAGCCAAUCUUAAUUUUAAACUCAGGACUCUUGCUAUAUGUUUAUUAGAAGUAGUGGCAACUCUGAUUUAUAGCUAUUUAGGCACGAGCAAGAUCGAAUAGGUCAAUGUAGUUUAUUACGGUUAACGUUUCCUAUGUAAGACACGGCUGCAGAAUGCGGCCAAAACGAUCAUUGUGUGCUUAUAAGCUUAUUGAACAGAAACAAGGCGUAUUUUAAUUGAAGAUGUACCGAGAUUUAAUAUGAAGAACAAAAUUAAAACAACCUUGGACAUAAGAGUCACACUCACGUCUUAUGCAGAACGUAAUUGCGUAUUGUUAAAGAUAUUGUAUGAUUUUGUAAAUUUUUCUGUAUACCUAGAAAUUUAAAACUUUUCAAUAGUGAUUAAAAAUUGAGCCAGGUAGAUUUAUAAAAUAGAAAAUCAUUACAGCUGGGAAUACAUGUAACGAACAUAAAGACUAAGACGAAGAGAACGAGGGGACAAAAGUCACAGAAGAUGUCAUCGAGGAAGGAGCGAAAGGGUGGGAGUUGCGUGUGCUUAUGUGGAGGAUGAUGACCUCCUCCAGAGUUACAGCAUCUGCUAAAUAGAUGAUACGCCGGUUGUCAGAACUCUAGUUGCCCUCAGCCUCAGCCAGAGGCGGGUUGGCUCUAGGGACCGCGGAAGCACGAUUAGAAACCGGUAUUCUUUGGCAAUAAUACUUUCAAUGAGAGGACGCGGCAUCCUGCUGAUCGCGGGGUUCCUCGCGACCCUGCUUUUGGUACAGCAGGUGGAUGCUGCAAAAACCCAUAAACAAAGACCCAGACCAGUUCAGGCCCAGGAACCAGCUAAUGGUGAUUAUGGCUAUGACGAUUACUAUAACUAUGAGGACUAUGAUGAAAAUAAAACAGAAACAACAACGAACCAGGCACCAGCGUCAAUUUCACCAUCACUUGAAAAUGAUAGUUUAGUUUUACCUAAGAUUCCUGUCAAAGUUACUACUCCACCACCAACACCGGAAGUUACUGCAGCACCAGUCCUGCCACCAACCACAAAAGCACCGGAAACAGGUGAUGAACUUGACUGUGAAUUCGACGGUGUCAUUCACAAAGCUGAUGAGGAAUGGAAACCGGAUGAUUGUACUACGUGUCGUUGUAUACAAGGAAAAGCUGACUGCUCGCAAUUGACACCUUGUCGUACAGGCGGCAAUUGUGAUGACGUUAUUUGCGCCGAGUUAUCGUGCGAAACACAACAAUACGUUCCUUUGGGUCAAUGUUGUCCUGUUUGUGCAGAACCUGACGAACUUCAACCUCAACCGGAAGAACCGAGUGAGUCUCAACCAACUGAAAUAAUUCCUGGCGAAAGUAAACAAGUGAACACCAUUGCUGUAACUGGACCACGUGGCGAAACUGGACGUCCAGGAGAUUCUGGGCGCCCUGGAGAUUCUGGAUUUCCAGGACAGCCUGGGACACCUGGAAUCCCUGGUCCUCCAGGACCGCCGGGAACUGUACCAGAUGUAUCUCUGUAUUAUCAACAAUUGGCAUUGUCUCGAGCUAGUCAAGAUAAGGGACCUACAGGUGAAUCAGCUCCUUUAUAUGGCGGUCCUGAUGCAUUUUCAUAUUUGCAAGCUCAAGUAGGUCCGGUUGGUCCUCGUGGUCCUCCAGGUCCUCCUGGUGGGCCUGGACCCCAAGGAUUUCAAGGAAUAAGAGGAGAACCAGGAGAACCUGGAUCACCAGGACCUUCCGGCCAACCAGGACCUCGUGGUUUACCUGGACUUCCUGGAAAGGAUGGUGAUGCGGGAGAAGAUGGUGAAACAGGACCUCCUGGAUCACCGGGACCUGUAGGUUCUCGUGGUCUACCAGGAAUGCCAGGACUUCCAGGCGUCAAAGGUCAUCGAGGUUUUCCUGGAUUAGAUGGUGCAAAGGGCGAGCAAGGAGCUUCAGGAGAAAAAGGAUCAGCUGGGGGGCCAGGACAAAUGGGUCCUAUGGGUCUAAUGGGUCCUGCUGGUCCUCGUGGUGAAAGAGGUCGGGAAGGCCCACCAGGCCCUCCCGGGAUGAGAGGUAUGGAUGGAAUAUCUGGACCCCCUGGACAGCCAGGAACAAUAGGAAAAUCUGGUUCACCUGGUUUCCCGGGAAGUCCUGGCGUGAAAGGUGAUCAAGGUGCUCAAGGACCUAAGGGUAGUCAGGGUUUGCAAGGGCCUAGAGGUGAGUCUGGCCGUCCUGGACAACCUGGAGAAUCGGGUCCUCAAGGGCCUCAAGGUAAAGACGGAAUUCCUGGAGAUAAAGGAAGCCCGGGAUCACCUGGUAUGGUUGGAUCCCCUGGAUUCCCAGGAGCUCGAGGGCAACCUGGUCUAGCUGGCAAUCCGGGUAUGCCUGGCAGCAAAGGAAUGCCUGGACUUCCCGGUGAAAGAGGGUUUAAAGGCGAAAGCGGUUCGAAAGGUGACGUCGGAACACCAGGACCACGUGGUCUUCCUGGUCCUCCCGGAAAUGAAGGAAAAAGGGGAAAAAGAGGCAUGCGUGGUCCAAUCGGAGCAUCCGGCCCAGCUGGUGAACGUGGUAUGCCAGGACCAAGAGGUCUUCCAGGACCAGACGGCCCCAUGGGUCCCAAAGGACAAUUUGGAGAUCGUGGUCCAGUCGGAGCUACUGGACCUAAAGGUGGGACAGGAGAUCCUGGCAGGCCUGGACUUCCUGGACUACAGGGUUCUCGCGGUUUAAUGGGACGUCCAGGAGCACCUGGAAAACCUGGAAACCCUGGGGAACGUGGAAUUCAAGGUGCUGACGGAAAGCCUGGUGAUCAAGGACCGCCGGGAUUACAAGGAUUGCCAGGACCAAUAGGUCUUCCAGGAGAUAAAGGAUAUUCUGGUGAGCCUGGCAAAGAUGGCGAACCAGGAACUCCAGGAUCCCCGGGACCACGCGGUGAUUCUGGUAAAGAUGGUCCCCCCGGCCUUCAAGGUCCACCAGGACCAGCAGGUGCUGAUGGCGAUAGGGGUCCUCCAGGACCAGCUGGAGCUAGAGGUUUUCAGGGUCUUCCUGGUGCUACUGGUAACCCAGGCCUACCAGGAAAAGAUGGAGAAGUAGGUCUGCAAGGCCCUGCGGGAGUACCCGGAGCAGUAGGAAGCAGAGGAGAGCGUGGCUUCCCAGGAGACAGAGGUCCUGUAGGGUCACCAGGAUCCACAGGUCCGCGAGGAGAACCUGGAAUUCAAGGAGCAGAUGGUUUACCGGGUCAACCAGGACCUAAAGGAGAAAAAGGACAUUCUGGACCAUCCGGAUUACUUGGCUUGCCAGGACUCAGAGGAUUACCUGGAGAAUCUGGACAAAAAGGAGAACGAGGAUCAUUUGGUCCUAUUGGACCUGAAGGACCACCAGGGCGAAUUGGUGAACGUGGUCCUCAGGGUCAAAUGGGACCCCCUGGACCACCUGGCGAACCAGCAGAACGAGGAGACACAGGUCCUCCAGGAGCACCUGGAGAAUCUGGAGCGCCGGGAAAUCCAGGAGAGAGAGGUCCUCAAGGUCCUCAGGGCUUAUUGGGUUUCCCAGGACCACCAGGACUUUCGGGAAUGCCAGGAUUAAAGGGUGAUCGAGGAUACCCUGGAUUGAAAGGAGAUCAAGGAAAUCCAGGGCCAUCGGGCAGUCCAGGUGAAGCAGGACCUCCUGGCGUGACAGGAUUAACUGGAGCAAAGGGUAUUCGAGGAGAACCAGGACCUAGAGGCGAUUCUGGAUUAAUGGGUGCUCCCGGAUUACCUGGAUUAACUGGAGCUGCUGGAGCGACGGGACCACAAGGGCCUCCUGGUCCUUCAGGAUUACCGGGUAUUAAAGGAAAUCCAGGAGAUUUCGGUCGACCUGGAAAUCCGGGCCCAGUUGGUAAUCCAGGACCUCCAGGCGCUGAUGGAAUGAAAGGCGAAAGUGGUUCGGAAGGUCCUCCAGGUCCAGUCGGGCCACAAGGACCUCAGGGGUCAGUGGGCGAUCGCGGUCUGCCAGGACUACCUGGACCAUCAGGACCUGUUGGUGCUAGAGGAAUGAGAGGCGCAGCAGGAGAAACCGGAUUACCCGGUAAACCAGGAUCAGAAGGACCACCAGGGCAUCCGGGUAUGUUAGGACCCCCAGGGCCACCUGGACCUUCAGGAGAAACCGGAGCGGAAGGUCCAGCUGGAAAGCCUGGACCACCUGGAAUAGCAGGAAGAGCUGGAGACAAAGGACCUCCUGGUAUGGCUGGUCCUCCAGGAUCAAGCGGACCACCUGGCUUACCUGGUCCACCGGGACUCAGCGGCCCACAAGGACCAGCAGGCGAAAGAGGAGCAAGAGGUGAAGCAGGACCACAGGGUGUGGAAGGUCAGCAAGGACCUAGAGGAAAACCAGGACCAGUGGGACCGGAAGGAGUCAAAGGCGAUCGUGGAGAAACAGGACCAAACGGUGCGAAAGGACAUCGCGGUCUUAUUGGUUUACAAGGAUUACCUGGAGUGGCUGGUCCCCCUGGAGAAAAGGGCAUGACUGGAAUGCCUGGAUUACCUGGAAAGGAUGGAGAGCCUGGUAUGCGAGGAAAUCCUGGUAGAGACGGAAGUCCAGGGCCUCUGGGUCUUACCGGAAAUACUGGACCCAGAGGACCGCCUGGUGAAGAAGGACGUCAUGGACAACCAGGUCCCCCGGGACCACCUGGUCCACCAGGACCUCCAGGAGAGCUUGGAUUGGAAUACGAUGCUGCGUCCCUGGCUGCACUUUUAAGUGCCGGACAAGGUCAAAGUAAGGGUCCUGAUCCAUUAAGUGGCGACGAACCCGCCAGACUCUUCGGCAAGGAUAUUUCUGAAGAGGAGCGCAGAGAACUCAUCUUGAAAGCUUACGAACAAUUAAAGGCGUCUUUCCAAAAACUGGUUAAACCCGAUGGUCAGAAAAUAUCCCCAGCUAAAUCUUGUAGAGAUCUCUUCGUCGCCCAUCCUAACAAACCAUCUGGUGAAUACUGGAUCGAUCCAAACGAAGGAGACAUCAAGGACGCGAUUUUGGUUCACUGCGAUGCCGAGAAACGAGCGACCUGCGUCUUACCAAAACCUGCCCGCUCACCAGAAAUCAAUUACAUCGGUCAUGAACAGGAAGUAUGGCUUGGGGAAAUCGAAGGAGGCAUGAAGAUAACAUACAAAGCGGAUAACAAUCAAAUCAGUUUCCUGCAACUACUCUCCACGCACGCAGAGCAAAAUAUAACUUAUCACUGUAAAAACUCAAUAGGCUAUUUCGAUUCUGCACGUAGAACAUAUAGACGCGGUAUGAAGCUUUCAGCCUGGAACGAUGUUGAAUUGACACCCAGAGGAAAUCAGCGACUCAGAUAUGAAAUGAUUCUCGACGAAUGCAGGAUGCACCAGAAUGAAUGGGGUAAAACUAUAAUUUCUUAUGAUACUGACAAAACCAUAAGACUUCCUAUUCUCGAUAUUGCUCUGCGUGACAUUGGAAAACCGGAUCAGAGAUUCUGGGUAGAGGUGGGUGCCGUUUGCUUCCGGUAAAAAAAGAUUUAGAUUAAAAAUUAAGAAAGCACAGUCUUUAUAUUUAUAUAUUCAAUUUGACAUAAUUACUUCCCACUUACUUUGCAUAUUAUAUACGAUAUAAUAUAACGAAUUAGUUAUGCCAUUUAUGUAACGACUUUCUUGUAACGUAAUAUUAAUUCAUUGUAACUUAUCGUAUACAGUGGCCUGUACAACUGAUCAAACUUUAUAACACAUGUACCGAAUCAUAUCGAAUAGUCUAAGUACGUUAUAAAUACGAUACACUGCCAAUACUACUUCUAAGUUAGCUAUAUUGCACCUCUUACGAUCUAAGGAAUUUACACGAUAUUUAAUUCUAGGCAAUCAAUGAUCUUAAUUUUUAUUGUCGUAUGUGAAACGUUUUAGUUAUUUUAUAGCUUAAAGGGUCAAUUAAACAUCAACUAUUAUUAAACAUCAAUGCAUCAACAUGCAUUGCAUGGCAGAUGAUAUAACAUGUAAUAUAGCCUUAAGUAUUAAUAUGUAUAUAAUAUCAAUUUCAAUUGACUUGUAAGUGAAUAUUUAUAAUUACAUGGCCAUAAAUAAUAUAUAAUCGAUGCAUCAUAGAUCCAUGACUAUUUAUUUGCCAUAAAUACUUUUUAUCCAGUAAUUGAAUCUAACCGGAACAUGAAAUUUCUUCUGGCGGGGUUUUAUGACAAUAUACGAUCUUGUAAUUGUCGACCUAACGUCUGCAACCUUCGCAUGUCGGUAUUUCAUUGAACGUUGUGUGGUCAAUAACUAGUGGUAUAUGUAUAUACAAUAAAAAAUCACUUCUUAUGGAUAAUUCUCACGGUCGCAGGAUUGUCAGGUUCAUAAAAAAAAUGAUAAUGCUGCUACCGAUAAAUUCAGGGUCAAGCGUGCUUAGAUGUUAUUAAAGUCCCUCUCACAUUAGGAAAGAAAUAUAACUAUAACUUAAUAAUUUAUUACGAGAAUCAUAUUUGAAUUGAAUUCAAAUCAGAUAUCAAGAGGAAACUUCCCUCCUUUAUAUCAUUAAAGGUUGAGCAUGCGUAAUAAAAAUAAUGCAUUUAAAAAAAUGAUCCGAGUUCUUGUAAGACGCGACGAUUCGAUAAAUUUGAAAAUUCGGCAUUGACCCUAAUGGAUGAUAUAUAUGCUAAAAAUGAGUAUGAGAAUUUAUGUUAAGUGCAGAGCGUUGCGAUGUCAGUAAUGCGUGCCAACAAAUUUUGAGAUAGUACUCACAGCAUAAAUUCCCAAUCCUCUGCAGGCCAUACGCAUUCUACGUGACAACAGGCAUGCGUUAAAAUGCCGGCUAGUCAUAUUCUUCCCGGGAACUUUGCCUGUAGCUCCCACGGACAUAUAUGACCCCUGACAAUUUUACAUCGUGAUACUAUAAGUGAAAUACUAUAGUAUUCCACCAUGACAAUUAUAAAACUAUCAAUGUCAAUUGUAAAAGCGACUUGUUAAUUGAGCGAUUGAUAUGUUAUUGCUGGAUCGUCACCAAAAACAUUACAUACCUUUGAUAUUAAAUACCGUACUACGCUUACUUUAUGUACAACUAAUAUUUUUUAAAUGACUUAUUGACUUGCACAGGAAAAUGAAUUGCCUUGUAACAUUUCUCAUGGGCAACUAUAAGCUCGAGACAAGCAUUUGAAUUUAUAUUGUGUAAAUGCGUGCUGCAUACAACUGUGAAGGAGAGCAUUCUAAUUUAACAUUCUAAAACACGAUGACGCGUUUGCUGUGUACCGACUAAGUGUAAUAAUCACGAAAGCAGACAUUUCUAGCGUGGGAUAACGAAUGCCACCCAAUAGCAGUGCAAAAUAGUUGAACGAUCUCGAGAACUAUUCAUCGACAGUUGGAGCCCUGCGAAAUUUUCUAAAAUUAGAAUUGCUUUACGUUAAGCAAGUUCAUCACGUAGUGCCGUACGUGUGUAUCCUUAUGCGCAAAUCCCCACUUCUAUAAUAUGCAACAGGUAGUGAGAGUGGGGGUACAACGGGCCCUCAAGAAGAUCAACCCAAGGAGUAUUCAGUCGCGUUUCAGCCGCGUGUGUUAAAAGUGCAAUGGUUUUGGCCAAGUCCGGUGUAUUCAGUGAAUUUUAGGGCCCAUCCCUGCUGCCGGUGUAUAUGUGUGGAAAGUAACCUGUUGUUACGAGAAGCCGGCGACUUCUGAUCGACAGCAGUGUGGCGGGUGCAGGGACGUGG